UUCAUAUUUUAACUGGCUUCCGUAAGUUUGUGUCAUGACCCGAAAGAGGCAUGGUAUCAGUGGGAGGAGCAUCGCAUUGUCGAGAAGUUGAGAACACGUGAUUGGACAGAUAUUUGCACACGCCCCUGAGUGCAGGAUGAGUCAGCAAUAUUGUUCUGGAAGAAAAAGACUACAUUUUAAAUGUUUAUUUCUGUCAUCUUUUUCUGUUUGAAUCUUAUUUCGACGCAUUCUAGUGUUUGUAUAAAUAUUAAAAGGUUUUGUUUGGGACCAAGACUUUCAUAAUCCAUACAGUUCGCAUAAGUUUUUAAUUGUCCCAAGUAAAACUAAAGUAGAUUUCCAAACCAAAACCUCACACGGGCCUCUGAAGUGUUUUACUGCGGUCCGUCCAGAGCUGCUGAUGAAGAUGAUGAUCAUGAUGAUGAAGGUCUGAAGGCAAACCCCGUGUCUGACUUCGUCACGUCGGCGGAGUUCGGCACAGCGCGCUCGGUGUGUAAACCGGUUCCGAACACGAUGGGUUUGUGUUCCGGUAUCGGCUACGAAGAGAUGCGGCUGCCGAACCUGCUGGGUCACGACAGCGCGAGGGAAGCGCAGCAGCAGUCCGCCGCCUGGGUGCCGCUGCUCGGCAAACACUGUCACGCGGACACGCGGCGCUUCCUCUGCUCGCUCUUCGCGCCCGUGUGUUUACCGGAGGUCACGGCUCCGGUGUACCCGUGCCGGAGUCUUUGUGAGGCGGUGCGGGACGCGUGUCUGCCCGUCAUGAGCGCGUUCGGGUUUCCCUGGCCGGAGAUGUUCAACUGCAGCCGGUUUCCAGAUGGAUCGGAGCUCUGCAUCCCCGGAGAAAAAGACCCGAACCGGGCUGAGAGCACCGAUGCGCCCAAAGGUUCUGUGAUCUGUGAGGUUUGCGGUUCAGACUCAGAAGGAGAGCGAGAGGUCCAGCAGAACUUCUGCAAGAGUCCGUUCGCGUUCAGACUGCGGGUCGGCUCCACGUCUCUGGACGGGACGAACGUGCGUGUGGUUCCUCAGGGUCGCAGUCGUGUUCUUCGCUGGCAGAGCGGCCCGCAGGAGGAGCAGGCGGCGGCGGAGCAGAGCGCCCUCUGGCUGAUGCGGGGCCGCGGCUGCUCCUGUCCGGCGCUGGACGGGCCGCUCACGGGCUCCUACAUCGCCCUGGCUCACAUGCACAGCGGCCGGAUGGUCCUCAGAAGACUGCUCAAAUGGUCCCGUGAUGAGAAAGAGCUGAAGAAGUUCAUCAGGAUGCUGCUGAGACAAGACUGCUGAGGUCACGACCCCUGAACAGACAUUAAUGAACCAAUAAGAUGAACCAAAAAAAGUUCUGGAGUGAUGAACAGCAUGAAACUGCAUCUUCAAAAUGAUCUGUUUUAGUUUUUAAUUUUUACUGAUUUUUAUCAUUUUAUUUUUUUCCAUACAAAAUUUUUUAUUAGUGCUGUUAAAUCGAUUAAUCAUGAUUAAUUGAUUUAUCUGGAUUAAUUGCAUCUAACAUAAAAGUUUGUAAAUACAUGUGAUUUUUUAUAUAUAUAUAUAUAUAUAUAUAUAUUUACAUACUUUUAUGUUAGAUGCAAUUAAUCAUGAAUAAUUAAUAGCUAUUAAUCGCAUCUAGCAUAAAAGUUUGUGAAUAUAUAGUGUGUGUGUGUGUGUGUAUAUUUACAAUAUAUUUAUAAACUUAUGUUAGAUAUGAUUCAUCACAAUUAAUCUAUUAAUAGCUAUUAAUCGCAUCUAACAUAAGUUUGUAAAUAUAUAUAUAUUCACACUCACAUGAUAUAUUCGUGAUUUAUAUAUAGCAAUUUAUCAAUAUUAUAUAUCGCGAUUAAUCAAUUAAUCGUGAUUAAUCGCAUCUAACAUAAAAGUUUGUAAAUAUAUAUAUUUACAAACUUAUGUUAGAUAUGAAUAAUCAUGAUUAAUCUAUUAGUAGCUAUUAAUCGAAUCUAAAAAAGUUUGUAUAUAUAUAUAUAUUCACACUCACAUGAUAUAUUUGCGAUUUAUAUAUAGCGAUUUAUCAAUAUUAUAUAUCGCAAUUAAUCAAUUAAUCGUGAUUAAUCACAUCUAACAUAAAAGUUUGUAAAUAUAUAUAUUUACAAACUUAUGUUAGAUAUGAAUAAUCAUGAUUAAUCUAUUAGUAGCUAUAUAUAUAUAUAUAUAUAUAUAUAUAUAUUCAUACUCGCAUGAUAUAUUCGUGAUUUAUAUAUAGCAAUUUAUCAAUAUUAUAUAUCGCGAUUAAUCACGAUUAAUUGAUUAAUCGCAUCUAACAUAAAAGUUUGUACAUAUAUAUAUAUAUACACAGACACACACACACACAUUAUAUAUUUGCAAACUUUUAUGUUAGAUGCGAUUAAUCGCGAUUAAUCGAUUUGACAGCACAAAUUUUAAUGCUUUUAUACUGACUUUGUACUAACAUUACUAAACUUAAUGUAUUUGCGAUUAAAGAAUAUUGAACAUUUUGUUG